AUGCGACGGAGAGAUUCUGAAGAAGAUGGGGAGCAGGAAGGAGGAAGGGGGAGAUCACCGGCGUAUUCAUGGCUCCUCGUCGUCUCCAACAUCCUCGUCGCCGCGUCCCAUCUAGGCUUCCUCGCCUUCAAAUGGCGGACUCACCGAGAUGUCUCUCUGCAACUCACCUUGCCGGCGGCGGCCUGGACGGCGGCCGGCGCCGUCGCGAUCUGCAGCAGGAAUUCCCUCCGGUGGCCGCUCCCUCUCUCUCUCUGGUGGGCCUUCUACGGCCUCUUCAGCGUCGCCUCCAUCUCCGUCGACAUCGCUGGAGCUCCCUCCCCGGCGUUCCUCCCGCCGCCAUCUCCCGCUGGCAUCGUCUCCUUCCCUCUCGUCGCCUUCCUCUUCUUCGCCGCUUUCUUCUCCGGUGCCGGCGAGCCUCCGCCCCCGCCGCUGAAGCAACCUCUGAUACAGAAGAUCUCCUCCGCCACCGCCGGUGGCGGCGGGGGGACGUGGAGCUGGCUGACGUUCCGAUGGCUGAACCCGGUGUUCGAGAGGGGCCGGGCGGAGAAGCUGGAGCUCCGCCACCUCCCGCCGCCGCCGCCAGAGGAGGCGACGGAGCGCUGCUUCUCCCAGCUGAAGGAAUGCCGAAAGAAGGACAAGGGCCGGCCCUCCUCUAUCUCCCACGCCCUCUUCCUCGCCGUCUGGAGACCCCUCGCGGUCAACGCCGUUUUCGCCGGCGUCAACACCCUCUCCUCCUACCUCGGCCCCUACCUCAUCAACAGCUUCGUCAUCUUCCUCUCCGGCGCCGGCGCCGGCGAACCCUCCUCCUCCGCCGCCGGCUGCUCGCUGGCCUUUCUACUCUUCGCUUCCAAAACGGUGGAGUCGCUUUCGCAGCGGCAGUGGUACUUCGGCGCCCGCCGCAUCGGUCUCCGCCUCCGGGCGGCGCUCAUGGCCGCCGUCUACCGCCGGUCCCUCUUCGGCGGCGGCGGCGCCGGCAGCGGCUGCGCCUGUUGCGGCGUCGGCAAGGCCACCACCCUUCUCGACACCGACGUGGAGCGCGUCGGCGACUUCUGCUGGUACCUCCACAGCAUCUGGCUGCUGCCGGUGCAGGUCUUCCUGGCGCUGCUGGUCCUCCGCGCCAACCUUGGCGGCGCCGCCGCUGCCGCCGCCCUGCUCGCUACCGUGCUGGUGAUGGUGUCCAAUAUCCCACUGGCCAACGCGCAGGAGAGGAUGCACUGCUCGAUCAUGGAGUCCAAGGACGCCCGAAUGGCCGCCACCGGCGAGACCCUCAAGGCCAUGAGAAUCCUCAAGUUGCAGGCGUGGGAGGGCGCCUACCUGAAGAAGAUCCUCAAGCUGAGGGAGGUGGAGAGGCGGCGGCUGAGGAGGUACCUGUAUACCUGCUCCGCCGUGGCCUUCCUCUUCUGGGCCUCGCCAGCUUUGGUCUCCGUCGUCGCCUUCGUCGUCGCCGCCGCCGCCGGCCAGGAGCUCACCGCCGGGAACGUGCUCUCCGCGCUGGCCACCUUCCGGAUCCUGCAGGAGCCCAUCUACAACCUCCCUGAGCUCGUCGCCAUAGUCGCCCAGACCAAGGUCUCCCUCGACCGCAUCCACACCUUCAUCGACGACGACGACGAAAACAACCAAAGACCUCUUCUUCCUCCGCCACCGCCACCGGCGGCGGUGGAGGUGGAGCCAGGGGAGUACAGCUGGGCGGGGUCGAGGAAACCAGGGCUGAAGAUCGAGAGGAGGAUGAGCUUCAAAAAGGGGGAGAGGGUGGCGGUGUGUGGGGCGGUGGGCUCCGGCAAGUCAACGCUGCUCUGUAGCCUUCUCGGGGAGGUGACGCGGGUGGGUUGCGGCAGUGCCGCCAGUAAGGUUGCCGGAAGGAGGGCGUACGUGCCGCAGAGGGCGUGGUUGCAGACGGGGACGGUGAGGGAGAACAUACUGUUCGGCAAGGCCAUGGAUCGGGGGAGGUACGAGGAGGUGGUGAGGGCUUGCGCACUGGACAGGGACAUGCAGGGGUGGGAGGGAGGCGACCAGGCGGCGGUGGGGGAGCGGGGGGUCAACCUCAGCGGCGGCCAGAAGCAGAGGAUUCAGCUGGCCAGGGCCGUCUACAGCGGCGCCGACGUCUUCUUCCUCGACGACCCCUUCAGCGCCGUCGACGCCCACACCGCCUCCCAUCUCUUCAAGGUAAUACAGACAGAGACAGACAGACCCAUCUCUCUCUCCCUCUCUAAAAGAAGGAAACUUACUGGUGUAGUGGAGUGCUUUCAGGAAUGCCUGAUGAAUCUACUGGCCCAGAAGACCGUCAUCUUCGUCACCCACCAGCUGGAGUUCUUGCAUGCCGCCGAUAUCGUCCUGGUCAGUGAGUUGCUGCUGCUGCUUCGUCUUCUUCUUCUUCUUGGUAAUUCUGCAAGUUGGUUAAUUGGAUCGAAUGGAAAUGAUCUGUACCUCUCGUCAGGUGAUGAAGGAAGGGAGGAUUGUUCAGGCGGGGAAGUACGAGGACCUGGUCGCCGACACGGACGGCAGCGAGUUCCUCCGUCAGAUGGCGGCCCACGAGAGCUCCCUCAGCCAGAUGCCCGCGGCGGAGGAGAAGCAUGCCAGGAAGGGCUGCGCCACCGCCGCCGCCGCCGUCAUCUCCGGCGGAGAGGACGAGCUCAGGGAGGAGGAAGGGCCAUGGAGCAAGAACGGAGGCAUCGUCAUGCAGGAGGAAACAGAGGGCGGUGGGAGGGUGAAGUGGGGGGUCUACUCCACCUUCGUGACGGUGGCGUACCGGGGGGUGCUAAUUCCGGUGAUCCUGCUGUGUCAGGUGCUCUUCCAGGGCCUGCAGAUUGGUAGCAACUACUGGAUCGCGUGGGCAAUUGAGAAGAAGGCUGGGAUAACCAGGGAGAGGCUAAUCUCGGUCUUCGUCCUGCUGUCCAUGGGGAGCUCCGUCUUUGUGCUGGGGAGGGCGGUGCUCCUGGCCACAGUCGCCCUCGAGACGGCGCAGAGGCUCUUCACCGGCAUGAUCACGAGCAUCUUCAGGGCCCCCAUCGCCUUCUUUGACUCCACCCCCUCCAGCCGCAUCCUCAACAGGGUCAGCCUAUCGAUUCCCUGACACACCAAUCUGCAAACAAUCUGUGUAGAUUUUGAGUUCCCAUCGAUGAUUAUUUACUUUUUAAUUUAAUUUAAUUUAUUUGUACCUGUCAUGUUCCUGCAGUCAUCUACCGAUCAGAAUGUGGUGGACACAGACAUUCCUUACAGGCUGGCCGGGCUGGUGUUUGCUCUCGUCCAGCUGCUGGGCAUCAUCAUCCUCAUGUCCCUGAUCAGCUGGGUCAUCUUCCUCCUCUUCCUCGUCGUUCUCGCCAUCUCCUACUGGUACCAGGUCGGUAACCCGACCUCCCCACCCUGAUCAAGUUAGCUCAGAUACUGUCGGUCAGUGACAGGAACAUGGCUAAUUAUAUAUAGAUGGGUUUGCAGACCUACUACAUCAGCACUGCCAGGGAGCUGGGGAGGAUGGUGGGGAUAAGGAAGGCCCCGAUACUGCACCACUUUGCCGAGUCCGUCGCCGGAGCCGCCACCAUCCGCUGCUUCAACCAGGAGGAGCGCUUCAUUGCCAGGAACCUCUCCCUGGUCGAUGACUACUCCCGGGUGACCUUCCACAACUCGGCGACCAUGGAGUGGCUCAGCGUCCGCAUAAACUUCCUCUUCAACCUCGUCUUCCUGAUUAUGCUCAUCUUCCUGGUGACCCUCAAGAGAUCAUCCGUCGACCCGAGUACCGCUCAAUCCUCCUCUGCAACCAGAAAUCAGGGAUGGGUCAUUCUGGAAGGAAAUUACUCACAGAGGAUGUGAUCUGCAGGUCUUGCGGGGCUGGCGGCGACCUACGGGCUGAAUCUGAACGUGCUGCAAGCUUGGGUGAUAUGGAAUCUCUGCAAUGUGGAGAACAAGAUGAUUUCCGUGGAGAGAAUUCUCCAGUAUUCGAGGGUCCCCAGUGAGGCCCCGCUGGUCAACGAGAGCUGCAGGCCAGAACCCAGCUGGCCCGCCACCGGCACCGUCGAGUUUGACAACCUCCAUGUCCGCUACAGCCCGGAGCUACCUCUGGUUCUUAGGGGCAUCAGCUGCACCUUCCCCGGGGAGAAGAAGAUCGGGGUGGUCGGCAGGACAGGCAGCGGCAAGUCAACCCUAAUCCAGGCGCUCUUCAGGGUGGUGGAGCCGUCGGAGGGGAGGAUCGCCAUCGACGGCCUGGACAUCUCCCUCAUCGGCCUGCAUGAUCUGAGGUCCCGGUUGAGCAUAAUUCCCCAAGACCCACUGCUCUUCCAGGGGACGGUGAGGACUAAUCUCGAUCCCCUGCAGCAGCAUUCAGACCCCGACAUAUGGGAGGUAAAAACCAAAAACAAAAAAUCUCCAUCCCAUAGAACAAAGGUUUUUCUCAGUCGGUACGAUCUUCCCCAUCCCUGAUGAUGAAACAUGGGUGGGUUUUUCUCAGGUCCUCCGCAAAUGCCAUCUGGGGGAGAUUGUGAACAGCGAUCCAAGGCUUCUGGAUGCACCAGGUAUGUGAUGAAUCUGGCCUGAAGGAUGGUUCAUGAUGGAGAAGAAGCGGGCAUCUGUUUAACGAUCUCUCUCUUCUCCCUGAGCUUUUUUUUUCCUUUUUAACGGGGAAUGGAAGCUGACGAUUCGGCCGCGGUGGUGGCUCAGUUGCAGAGGAUGGGGAGAACUGGAGCGUGGGGCAGAGGCAGCUGGUCUGCCUGGCCAGGGCUCUUCUGAAGAAGCGGAGGAUUCUGGUGCUGGAUGAGGCCACGGCCUCGGUGGACACGGCGACGGACAACGUGAUCCAGAAGACCAUCAGGGAGGAGACUAGCGGUUGCACUGUGAUCACCGUCGCCCACCGGAUCCCCACAGUCAUCGACAACGACCUGGUUCUCGUCCUCGAUGAAGGUAAAACUCUAAUUUCCCCCCUCUUCUCCCCCAAGGAGACGAUUAGGGUUUCGGAAACAUCACCUUUGUUCCUCGGGGCUGCGCAGGUAGAAUCAUGGAGUACGACACCCCCAUUGCGUUGCUCGAGGAUCGAGGAUCUGACUUCUCAAAGCUGGUGAUGGAGUUCCUAAGGAGAUCGAGAACAAACUAUCAGCCCCCUACCUGA